GCGGGGGAAGACAGUAGCGCUCAGCACCCGACAGCCCGGCAUCAGAACCCAACAGUGCGAUUGCUGCUGGGAGAUCGGAGCUUUGCAAUAAAAGAAAAGCUUCACCGAAGGAAUACUACAUUCCUCCAGUGGAUUUGUUACGUUACUUAUAAUAAUAGUGAUGGCAGUUACUCAAACUGGAUGUGACUUGACAUACUGCAAGAUGCGGGGGAUCGUGUCCGUUCUCACCGCUUUUAUUAAAGAAAGGAAGAUGGGCUUAAACGACUUCAUCCAGAAGCUUGUUUCCAACCCUCCCAUUUGUCAACAUGCCGAUGUUGAUUCAUUCUUAAAAAUCGAUGAGAACCAGAAUGAGGAGCUGGAGGAGACUCACCUGUGUUUGACCAACCCCAGGAGCUCUUUGGCGGAGGAGACUCAGAUCAAACCUUCAGAUUUUGACUACUUAAAGAUCAUUGGGAAGGGGAGCUUUGGAAAGGUUCUGCUUGCAAGGUACAAGGAAAACGAACAAUACUAUGCUGUGAAGGUGCUUCAAAAGAAAAUCAUACUGAAAAAAAAAGAACAAACGCAUAUCAUGGCGGAAAGGAGUGUAUUAAUGAAAAAUAUCAAACAUCCGUUCCUGGUGGGGCUGCAUUACUCUUUCCAAACCACUGACAAACUGUAUUUCGUCCUAGACUACGUCAAUGGAGGCGAGCUGUUCUACCACCUCCAGCGUGAACGGGUGUUUCUAGAGCCCAGGGCGAGGUUUUAUGCUGCUGAAAUCGCUAGUGCACUCGGUUACCUUCACUCACUGCACAUAGUUUACAGAGACUUAAAGCCAGAGAACAUCCUCUUGGACUCUCAGGGCCACAUUGUGUUGACAGAUUUUGGGCUGUGCAAAGAGGGACUGGAACCCAACGGCACAACCUCAACGUUCUGUGGAACUCCUGAGUACUUGGCUCCCGAGGUGCUGCAGAAACAGGCAUAUGAUCGUACAGUGGACUGGUGGUGCCUGGGAUCAGUGCUGUUUGAGAUGCUGUAUGGACUGCCUCCAUUCUACAGUCGCAACACAGCCGAGAUGUACAACAACAUCCUUCACAAGCCUCUAGUCCUGAAGCCUAAUGUGUCCAACGCUGGCCGAGAGCUGCUGGAGGGUCUGCUGCACAAGGACCGUACCAAGAGACUGGGGUCCAAAGAUGAUUUUCUGGAAAUGAAGUUCCACAGCUUCUUCUCUCACAUCAACUGGGACGACCUCAUGGCCAAAAAGUGUGUGCCUCCUUUUGUUCCUAUAGUGUCUGGUCCCACUGACCUCCGGCACUUUGACCCAGAGUUCACCCACUUACCAGUGUCGACCUCCCUAUGCAACUCAGACAGCCUGCACCUGUCCAGUAGCGUACGGGAGGCUGCCGGAGCAUUCCCAGGCUUUUCUUACGGUCCCCCGGCUGACCAUGCCUUCCAGUAACGGCUUCCAUGACCCUCCAAAACGUCCAUUCCAGCAUCACUUGAUGCAUCGAGAAGAAGGACCACAGUGUGGGACACUUAGCUCUUCUGGUUUAUUUGCAUGCACGACCUGGCAGCACAAGGAACACUUGUGCAUGACCAAGAGGAAUGUAGGACAUUGUAGGACACAAACUACUGUAACAACAACUUCCAGAAAAGAUGCAGUGUGUGCCAAUGGAUGCAGAGAGGACCUGAGCUCAGAGAUAGAGAGAGAGAGAGAGAGCGAGCUUAGAAGUGCCUGAGAGUUGAACUGAUUAUCUGUGGAAAAAAAAAAGAUGAUGGCACCAGCUACUAGGCGAAAGCCUUUUGUGAUCUUUUACAUUUGAUCAAAAUGUCUUUGGGUGAUGUUUUAUUCAAUUGUAUUUUUCAUGCAUCAUUGCACAGAGGAGGUAAAGGAUCAAGAAUAGUACAAAAUAUACAGAUUGUCCGAAAAAGGGGUGAUUAGAUCAACCCCUUUCAGAACAAGAGGAUACACAGACUGAUCCGACUCAAAUAUCAAUACACUUUUAAUGAAUACAUUUAUUAUCGUCUUCCUAUUGACAAACGUUAAUUUAAUAACUGCAUUAUUGAUCAUACUGCAUUAUAUUAGUGUGGUUUAUCUUAGCUCUUCAGUCCUGCUCAAAACUUCCCAAGCUAUGUUUAGGUUUAUAUUAGAAGGAAAACUAGUCCUACAAGCGUUUAGCUGUGAUUAUUUGUCUGAAUGAGUAGAAGACAUCAUGUGUUCCUCCUAAAAUUAAUAUGUUGUCAUAUAAGUACUUUCUUUCCUUUUUUUUCUCCAAUGCCAGAACUUUUACACAAAAUGCCAGACACUGUGUUUCCUGGGAAGACAUUUCUAGUAGCCGCACAUCACAUUCUAUUAUCUUACAAUUAGUGAGAUGGAUGUAUGUUGUAUAUGUCUGUUUAUCAUUGUUAUCUGAAGUGAUUACUGUCCAUUGCAAACACAGCAUGUCGAUUAGAUUGUAUUGAAACUUUUUGCAUCAUGCACAGGAGAUUUGUAGUAGCCCAGAAGGAACGGUGUCUUUUCUGUUCAAAUUGUGCCUGUACAGCUACUUUAUGUACAUUGUCAUACAUUUCCAUGUGUGUCUAUCUUCCUGUCUGUAUUGCUCUGGGUUGGACAGGGACAUGGAAUGCUGUGCAAUAGAAAAGGUGACUUGAAAGAGAUGUGAACAAUAUUUCAUGGGACGACUGAGUGGUAUCGACUUAAUGAAGGAGAGAGGUUUGAAUGCCCUUAUGAUACGCAUCCCUGUUUUGAAUCUAAUAUAUUUCAUAUCAUUGGACCAAUAAUGCGCUAUAUGUUGUUCUUUAGAUAACUGCAAACAAGGCAAUAUGGAUAAAGUUUAUUUUUUCUUCCAUUUUUGGAAGGUAUUCAUAUAUUGUUUUCUAUUUUUCCAUGUAUAUUUAUUUACAUGUCACAUAUUUUACAUCUAAUGAUCAGAGUAUUAAAUUCUUAGAAUAAUGAAAUGUUGAGAAUGAUCCAUAUAAAUGAAAAAUAAAUAUGCAAAAAUGAAA